AUGGAUACGAAAUUGUUCAAGAAUCAGCUCAUCGGUAUCAUGUAUAGAAGGUUACUCACAUAUUGGAACUCAAAGUUUUCUUUCCUGUUCAUUGUUAUCCUUUCAUUAUUAAUUUCUUCUAUUGUUGGCAUUAACAAAGCAGUUUCACAAGAAACAACAACAUCGAUUGAAGAUUAUAAUAUGGAUUUCCUUACCUUUAAUACGAAUAAUUUAACUUUUGGAAGAAUAUCAAACAAAAAUUGUUCCAAAUGUGAAGAAAUCCAAAAGCGAUUAUCAGAUAAGUUUACAUCAUUAUUAAAGAGGAAGCUCGAUGUUGAUCUGAAAUACGUUGAUUUUGACACUUUUGAAGAUUUCAAUGAUUAUCAAUUUGAAAGGGUUAUUAAUCCUAAAUUGUUAUCAAACAUACCAAUAGCGUUUCAAGUGUAUGGUAAAACAUCUUUUUCUAAACAAGAUGGAAGAUCAAAAGGAGAUUUUCAACUCAGAUAUCUUUUUAACUCUUCUUAUCAAUAUAAAUCAAUAAGUUUAUUUGAAAGAGCAUUACUAGACCUUGUAUUUGAUGAACUCAGUGUCCAAGGAGAUGCAGAAAUAAGACAGAAAGUAACGGAUCAUGGUGAUUAUUAUUCUGCUAGCGAUGAAGGUUCAUAUGAUAUAUUUAUUCCUUAUUUUGCUCCUGUUUCUUUUAUAUUAAUAGCCGCUGUUUUCUUGCAUAAAACAAUACAAGAUAUUAAAUCUCCUGUUCGUCCUUACAUGUUAUCAUGUGGAUUAUCAAAAUUCGCAUAUUGGCUUGGUUUGUUUAUUAUUGAUUCAUUGUUUAUGUCGAUAUUUUCAUUAUUUGUUUAUAUUAUGUAUAUUUCAUUUGGACUGAUAUCUUUUAAGACAUAUUAUAUUCGAACAUUCUUUCUUAAUUGGUUUUGUUCAUUAUUACCUUUAUGUUAUACAUAUUUCUGGUCAUUCCUUAUGAAAGGAUAUGUUGGACCAGUUAUUUUCGUUAUUGCAAAUCUAUCUUUGGUCAUCACAGUAAUAACAACAGAAUAUACAGUAGUUCCAGCAAUUUAUAAAAAGAUAUAUUGUUUAAUUACUUUAUUAUGUCCAUUUGGAAAUUGGUUAGGUGCAUUCAAGGCAGUUUCACAAUCAACAGUUGACAACAGUGUAUUACUUCCAAAAGAUUUAGAUUUCUUCAAAGAUUAUCACUAUGUUUUGAUUGUUUUAUUCAUUUCUGUUGCUGUUUAUCCAUUUGUUUUAUUCCUUAUUGAAUUUUUAAGUGAGAAAAUCAGUAGAAAAUACUCUAAAAUAUCAUUUGGAGCUAAUUUCGCCGAAUUCGCUGCAAUCAAAGCAGGAAUGAAUAUAACAGAUGAAUCGAAGCAAAUGGAAGAACAAGUGAGAUUGCAUCCUAAUGAUUAUGCGAUCAGGAUAUUCAAUGUAUCUAAGAUAUUCCAUGAUACGAAAGGAUAUCCAAUCUGUGCAGUCAACCAAGUCUCAUUAGGCAUUAAAGACAAAUCUAUCUUUGGCUUUUUGGGUUCUAAUGGUGCGGGCAAGACAACAUUGAUGAAGAUGAUUUUGAAAGAAGUUCCUAUCUCAAGUGGAACAAUCGAAGUCAACGGUCAAAAUGUUGAAACAAGUGACAUUACUAAUGUUGCAGUUUGUCCACAGUUCGAUGACCAUUUGACAGAACAAUUAACAGGUCGUCAGAACAUGAAAUUCUUCUGUUACUUGUUCAACAAGAGUGGUCGUGAAUCAGAAGAACUUAUCAACCGAAUUGUUGAUACUAUGGAUUAUUCGGAACAUGUUGACAAACAAGUUAAAUCCAUGUCCGGUGGCAACCGAAGGAAGUGUGCAGCAUCAAUCCCAUUCUUGUCAGAUUAUAAGACAAUUCUUCUUGAUGAACCAACAUCUUCACUAGAUCCAAUUGCUCGUCAUCAUAUGCAUGAGUUGAUCAACCAAUACAAAGGUGAACGAACAUUCAUGUUGUGCACACACUUACUUGAUGAAGCAGAGAGUCUUUGUGACAACAUCUCCAUCAUGGUUAAUGGUUGCAUCUUCACUGUUGGUACUCCACAAUACCUCUCAAACAAGUUCGGCACCGUGUGGAAGAUUGACUUGUUGUUGAAUGACGAUUCUCCAUAUGUUUCAUCUAAAGUUAAAGAAUACAUCUUCAAGAACAUUCCAUCCGCUGUUCUUUCAAUUGAACGAAAGACAUCAAUGAUCAUCUCCGUUCCAAGUGAGAGUGUCUCUAUCUCAGACAUCUUCGAGAUCCUUCAACGAGGCAAAGACAGUGACAUCGGCAUCAAAUUCUUCACAUGCUCAUGUUCCCCACUUGAGAAAGUCUUCAUGGAGAUUGUUAUGCGUUCUGAACUUAAAGCAGAACAAGAACGUGAACAAAAUGAACAGAAAGGGAACGAAAAUACCGACAGUGUUGACCAAAGUGACAAAAACUUAGAAACUUUUAAAUAG